UGCUCCAGCGGUUAUCCCACGGUCUGGUCGUCAACGGUAGAGACUUUUAGCAGUUAAACGUCGUGAUUUUAACGACAUAUUAGCUGUUUUAUCCACUUUUAAGUACUUUUUUCUUCACAGAGGUGCGGAGGGUAAAGUUUUGAAUGAAGGUUCCCCGCUGAGACUGUAACGUGGGAGGAGGAGGGGGCAGUUGGCGGGGUCGUCCAGGCUAUCGGAUCUGAGAUCUGCUCACAUUCAUAACCAGACAGACGGCAGCUUAUUCAGGACAGAGCUGAGCUGAGCGGAGGAGCAGCUUCACCGAAGAGGGAAGCUUUUUUUUUUUCUUUUAAACUUUUAAUCCUUUACACCGGACGAUACAAAAGAGCACCAAAGUUUGGAUUAACAGUAAAGUUUCUCGCUGUGCGCGGACCCUCGUCUCCUGUCAGGACUAGGAGCUGCUGGACUGUAAGCUAAUAAUUUACUCUGGAAAUAUCACUCUUUCACAGACUAGUGAUUUAGUUAGGCUUAAGCUUUAAAAAAUCACUACUUGUUACUUUACUUCACUGAAGCACACACACGUUUUCAAAAUGGAUAAAUACGAGGAUUUAGGACUCGAGGCGAGUAAGUUCAUCGAGGACCUGAACAUGUAUGAAGCAUCCAGAGAUGGUUUGUUUCGGAUGAGGAGGGAUGCAGGAAAUAACCCCGACUUUGAAGAGACCAGAAGAGUUUUUGCCUCUAAAAUGACUAAAAUACACAUGCAGAAACACCAAGAGGAGAUGGCAAAAAACAGCCAAGUCAUGAAAAUGAAUGGGGGCCACAACAACACAUAUUACACCAAAGACAGACCGCCCAUCAAUAGUUACAGACAGCCGGUUGAAGCGGCAGCGAAGCCCCCGAUACUCUCUGGCCCUGUGCCGGGCACCACAGCUGGGAACCAGUACGCCCAGUUUGACGGUCAGAAACAUCAUAUUCAGCCUGAACUUCCAGUCGGCAGGGCAUAUGGCUACGGAAACAAUUACGAUAAUAAGGAGCGUUCAGAGCCACAGUCAUACCAGCACAACACCCCUGCCCCCCCCAGCCCAGGAAACGCGUCUCACAGCGCGCCCACACAUGCUCGUCACCCAGUCAGCCAGCCGACUGCCUGGGCUCCAUCCAGAGAGAGCCAGCUCUCUCCUACUUUGUCUGGGUCUGUGGGUAGCAGUUCAUCUCAGCAGCAACCCCAGCGUCAAUCUGCACCUCCUUCCGCCAACAGUCAGCAGAAUCAGGCUGUCACCCCCUCUGUAAACCUGAGUCAACCCUCCUCUGCUGGGCCAGCCGGGGGAUGGACUGCAGAGCCCACAGCCAAACCUGACCUCAUCCCUGGCCUGCCUCUGAGUGCCUUCACAGCAGGAGCUGACUUCCACAAGCAGCAGCCCUCCGCACAUUCUGCAGCCCAUUACACACCAUCUUCUCCUACUUCGAGAUCAUCUACCAGCCAUAAUGGUCCGGUGACAGCCUCCUCGCUCCUGCCUGCACCCUUUGAAACACCUCCACCCAAAGCCCAGGUGGCAUCUACUCCCUUGAACCCUGGUAAUGUGUCCAAAAGCAGCAGCCAGGGUCAAGGUCAGAGCCAAAAACCUGUCUGUGGACAUGCUGUCAGUGCUGAAGCUGACAUCCUGUCCACCCCCAAGCCUGUCCAUCCCGGCCAGUCUCUCCUUACACAACAACAUGAACAGGGGCCUUCAGCAGCUGAAAUAAAAUUAGAAGCCAUCACCAAUCAGCUGGAAAGAGAGAUGGAUGCCCAACCAAAGGCUGACUACUUUGGAGUCUGCGUCAAGUGCAACAAGGCUGUGUAUGGAGCCAGCCAGGCCUGUCAAGCUAUGGGUAGCCUCUACCAUGACAGCUGCUUCACCUGCAGUGCCUGUAGUCGAAGGCUGAGGGGGAAGGCAUUCUACUAUGUCGGAGGGAAGGUUUUCUGUGAAGAAGACUUUCUGUACUCUGGUUUCCAGCAGUCUGCAGACAAGUGCAACGCAUGUGGACAUCUGAUCAUGGACAUGAUCCUGCAGGCCCUCGGGAAGUCGUACCACCCCGGCUGUUUCCGCUGUGUCAUCUGUAAUGAGAGCCUUGACGGAGUGCCCUUCACUGUGGACACUGAAAAUAAGAUCUACUGUCUCAAAGACUACCACAGGGUCCUGGCGCCUAAAUGUGCAGCCUGUAACCAGCCCAUCCUGCCCUCAGAGGGGUCUGAUGAAACCAUUCGAGUGGUAUCCAUGGACAAAGACUAUCAUGUGGAAUGCUAUCACUGUGAGGACUGUAAGAUGGAGCUGAACGACGAGGAGGGUCACCGCUGCUACCCUCUGAAUGGCCAUCUUCUCUGCCACUCCUGCCACCUGAAGCACAUGGAGCCUUCCGGCUCCUCUCCCAUUGCCGCCAACGCCUCCUUCUAACUUUGCUGCAGAUGGAGGGAGACACCUGGUGGAUAAAUGGAGGAACUGCCAAAGCAUAAAUGACAACGGGAGCGGACAUGUGUGCAAUUCUUGUUGUAGAGGAUUGAUUAAUGCAGUGCAUCAGAUCAUGCCGUGGUUUGAUGUGUAUAUCCAGAGGAAUUUUUCAGAAGUUUCAGUUAUGCCUGAAGAGGUUUUCGCCCAAUAAUGAAGUACUGUAAUACACCAAAGCCCUACUUUGAAUUCAGCGUUGCGUUAUUUCCGCUGCACAUGGACUUCGCAGAAGUGUUGCCAUAUGAUUUGUUUUUUAUGUAAAUAACAAUUGCAUUGGCUGUGUAAAUAUCUGAUCUGUCGACUCAUUUUCAAGUCAAUCCAUAACUGUUCUGUCUAAUGCUUCUUUUGGCUUAUUAGCCUAGAUAUUGGAUAAUGGUUUAAUCAUAUGAUAUAGCUUAUACAUGCAAUAAUAACUUGGUGUGUAUUUCCAAAAGAAAAAUAUACAAGAAAAAAUACUAAAUUGGGGUUGAGAAUUAUUUUCAAAGUCAUAGCAUAACAAUACUUUAACCAUUAUUUAGCCAGAGUUACAGAUGGUGUUCAUCUUCUUUUCAAGGUGUUAACUUCACAAACACAAAGGCCUCUAUUUGGCUUCAUAUGCAAUAAAUUAUAUCAAAUUUCUUUUUAGCAUGACCAUUCCAUAAAAAUGUUAACAGCGCCAUUAUCCUCCAAGUUGCUUUGGCUUUGUGUGCUUAGGUUAUACUAUUUCAUUGUCAUAUAAAACAUUUAAAUGUUUUUUGUUUGUUUUUGUUUAGUCUGAGCAAGAAUGCUUCAGAAAGCCAGGUUAUACUAUUCUGUAGUAAACAAACAAACAAAAAUACAAUCUGUUCUGAGCACUUAGAGAUAUGUGAGUUUUUAAUGCAGCUAUGAAGAUUAUGGUAUCAGGCCUGUAGAUCCAUGUGUUCUCUUAUGGUUGCAAACAUAUAUUUAAAAGAUAUAAUAUAUAUAUAUAUAUAUAUAUAUAUAUAUAUAUAUAUAUAUAUAUAUAUAUAGUAUAUAUUAGGCCUAUAUUAAUUUACUUUUAUUGCAAAACCUCUUUAAUACUAAUUUGAUUUGCUGUGGGGAGUACUGUUUUGAUUGCCUACCUUUGCCAUCCAAAUAUUCAUUUCUUGAGUUUACUAACUUAAUACUUGCUUGUCAUUUGAGGUCCUUAUUUCAUAUCCAAUUGUAGAUUAAGAUGAGGAGCAAACAUAUUCAUGUAAUGCUGUAUGAGUGAGAAAAAU